GGGGGAAAAACUCACCUUCGCAGAAAAAACGAACCCCAUAUAUGAAUCCAGGGAUAGGGGAAUUGGAUCACCACUUUUUAACGGCAUAUCUGGUGAUAAUUUUACGAAUGGCAAAGCAGUAUCAUUUGGAGAUGUUCCCCAAAAGGGGAAAAUUGGUGAACUUCUUAAACAUGCCGCGCACCACGUGAAGGCCCACGGGGGGAAAGGAAGCAAACAGAGUGACAACGCACUGAGCGUAGUAGAGCGCAUUUUUAAGAAUAACCUACUCGUCCACAAUUUGAGCUUUAUCCAUUUUAAUAUGCUCCUGACGGUUAUUAGCAAGGGUGAAAUAAAAAUGACUAAGAAAAUGCAAAACGGGAUUCUGUAUUUACUACACAGGCAUAUUUCGUCCCACACAAGCAAUAUUGACAAUACGGGUUGCGCCUGGAUUAACAUAGUCCAUUUACUAUCCAGCAUCUGUAGAAAUGAUAAAACUAUGUUACGUUUAAUUAGGGAAAAGUAUCAGAAUGCGGCGAAUGAGGACAUAAAAAAAGAUGCAGCGAAAGAGGACAUGAAAAAAGGUGCAGCGAAUGAGGACAUGAAAAAAGGUGCAGCGAAUGAGGACAUGAAAAAAGGUGCAGCGAAUGAGGACAUGAAAAAAGGUGCAGCGAAUGAAGACAUAAAAAAAGAUGCAGCGAAUGGAAACAUAAAAAAAGAUGCAGCUCUCUCAUUUGUGGAUAAAUUUGUACGUAGAAUAUGCAAAUCGAACGAUUUUAAUUAUUCGAUAAGAGAAAUUUCUUUACUCUUGCACAGCUGUUACCACUUAAACAUGAGAAGUUGCCAACUGUUUGAUGCCAUUUUUGAUGAGCUACAAAAAAAGGAGCACCAUUUUAACUGUCUAGAUAUUCACAUUUUUGUGUACGCGGUUUACAAAUUACAACUGCAAAGGUAUGCUCCCUUUCUGGAAAAAUUAAAAAAUAAUAUUUUGCAAAACAUACACCAUUUUGCAAGCGGGCAGAUGGUAAAUAUAUUGUUAGCGUAUACGUACUUCUACCUCAAGGAGGGAAAUGGGAAACUUACUUUGAAAACAGAUCCGUUCAUGAGUACCAUUUAUGACACGUGUUGGCAUAUGGUAAGUAAUUUCUCCAAUAGAGAAUUUUGCAACUUCCUCAAUUUUAUUGUACAAAAUGAAGUUAGCUUAACUGAUGAACAACGGUCUGAGUUGUUUGGCAUCAUUUUUAAUCUGCUAAAGAGUCAACACAACAACAGAUUAAAGCUUAAGCAGAUGAUCGACUUGGACGUUUUCACGAUCGUAAAUUUUGCUUACAAGUAUGGGAACUGCGGAUCUACAUCGUACAUGAGAGAUAUGCCCUUCGAGCAUUUGGACCAUUUGACUACCCAACUAAUUGGGAAGAACAAAUUUGCACCAAAUUUGCUUGUAUACCUGCUGCACUUUUACAAACAGAGAGUGGCUAGCUACACGCAGUUACAUUUUUUGCAGCACAUUUGUGUGAAUUCCCUCGAUUUCAAAAUGAAAGUUAUCCUACUAACUUCAGUGGAGAGGUACCUAACGGGGGGGACAGAGCUUCACGGGGGCGUAGCACAAAGCACAUUUUGCAUUAAAAAAUAUUACCACGAUUUGCUGAAAAGCGUUUAUGAUGACCUGUGCAGGGGGGAAAGUACACCCACGCGAGAGAGCACAGUGGACACCUCUCUGAAGCCAAACAGCAGUACCAACAUGGUCGUAAUCUCCAACAGGGACGUAACUUCCAAAGGGGACGUAACCUCCAACAGGGAUGUAACCUCCAACAGGGUCGUAAUCUCCAACACGGACAUUAAAGAAAUAUUAAAAUUAAUUAGAAGUACAACUCAGAAUGGCGAUAAAAAUCAUCAGCAUUGUGGCAGUGAGUCGUCCGGCGUUUCCCUCGAUAGGGAGAUCAUCAAAUGGGAACGGAUGCUUCUCAAUAGGGCCAGCGAAUACGUGACGAAAAAUAAGCUAGUGGAGUUAUUCCCUCUCAUCUUGGUGAAUAGGCAUGUGCGCGCUGAUAUUUGCAGCCGAGCGGAGAGAAUUAUAAACGAUCAUUUUGAAAACCUGAAUGAGUAUUUGCUAGGCUAUAAAGGAAGAGCAAAUGGUAUGAACAAGUACGAAAAAAGUAAAAACACUUUCCAUUUUUUCGAAGCGCUAAACUUGUGUAAUGAAUGCAUUUUCACAAACAGGGGCAGUGGAGAUGUCAAGCAGUUUAUGAUCAAGAAGAAAUUACUACUACGCUGUAUAGAUCUCACUCCUAUGAGCGAAGAAAAUAAAAAAUAUUAUUUCGCAUUACAUAUACAUAUGCUCCUAUUCGAUAUAAACAACAAUUUAGACUUUUUUACGAACCACCUGCUAGCCAAAAUAUCGAAUUAUCUAAAGACCCCUAAUUUGAGUUAUGAAAACGUUCUUGUAAACUUUGUCGAUAUAUUUUCUUCCAUAAUAAAAGUGCAACCCAGUUAUUACGACACUUACCUGAACCAGGUUUAUAAGUACAUAUUUCCUCAACUGUUUUGUCACUAUGAAAAGUUAGACUGUAAACAUUUGUCUCUUUUAUUUUAUGCCAAUUUAGUUCACUUACUUUUACAUUUGUAUAACCGAAAUGCACUGUCGUGCCACAUUACUUUAUCCAUCCGAUUGAUGAGAAAAUUGUUUAGCCUUAUUGUAAACUCCAUGGAUGAAGCCUCCUACAAGUUAACAGAGGCACAUUGUGCAGAACUGUCCGAAUGUCACAUGAGGGAUAGAGACAGAAAAGGGGCACCAUCGUUACUUCUACCUUUGAACGAGUUAAUUUAUAUCUAUAGAGUGCUUACAAUUUUUCACUUUGCGGAUUUGUACGGGCACAUGGAUGUGCAGGAGUUAAAAUGCUUUUACGCGUUUUACAAAGCUUUGAAUUUCUCCAUUUUUAAAGUGCACAACUUUUGCGUGACCCAGUUUACGCAGACGCAUAGGGGUGAGUCGCGGCCGCCCGUGCGCAGGGGCACCCCCGCGUGUGAAUG